CACGAUCUUGAAAAUAUGGCGCAGAGGAGAAUGUCUUGGAUUGAGAUGAUCGGACCAUUUUCUAGGAUAGACAAAGUCAGAGAUUUCUCGGUAAAGCUUGGAAUGAUACAGAAAAGCCCGCGGGGUGAUAGAGAUACUGCAAAUUAAGAGGGAUGUCGCGCAAGGAUGGUUGAUACAAAGUCUAAUACAAAUAACGAAGGAGGAUCAGUUGGUCGACAUGUUAUGUAUGUACUUGCAAAACUCUGAAAAUGGAAGUUUCGACGAUCAGCCACCGGGUUACAAAGAAAGACAAAUAACUUCCAGGCCGUCUUCUCGCCGAACACGCCUGGUUACAUCUUCACCGUCGGACACUGGGAGCGGAUGAAGCUCACGACUUUUCUUCCUCUGCUGGUCGCGUUUCCAGUGCAGGUCCUUGCAUCAUGGGGGGACAGAUCCAAGGACUUUCAAUACUGCCUUCGUCGUUGUGAAACGGCUGACUGCGUCGGCCAGGAACCUGCACCUCUGUCGCUUAGCCUCCGUCUAACGCGCUGGACAUGCUCGGAUAACUGCAAAUAUCAUUGCAUGCACGAAAUCGCAUCUCGCGAUAUUGCGCUGGGAACAAAAUUGAAGCAGUAUUACGGCAAGUGGCCGUUCUGGCGUCUUGGGGGUGUACAGGAGCCAGCUUCGGUCGCGUUCUCGUUGCUCAACUUUUGGGCGCAUGUAAAAGGGGCCUCUCGGCUGCGUAGGGAGGUAUCUGGCGAGCAUCCUAUGCGGAUAUACUAUCUGCUGUGGGCGUUUGCUAGUAUGAACACGUGGGUCUGGUCGUCGGUAUUUCAUACUCGAGACACGCCGUUGACAGAAAAAUUGGAUUAUUUUUCUGCUGCGUUCACAAUAUUAUUUGCGCUCUAUUUCUGUGUAAUUCGCCUGUUCCACCUUUAUGCAAAGCCACGAUCCCGCCUCAUCUUUUCCAACGAUCUGCCUAGAUACUGGUCAUGGAUACUGUGGACAUCAAUAUGUAUCGUUGCCUUUGUGUGUCAUGUCACAUACCUUACCCUCCUUCCCCGGUUCGACUACGUGUACAAUAUCGUCUUCAAUUCUGUCGUGGGGAUGAUACAUAAUCUUUUCUGGCUCGUAUAUUCCCUUCCUGCUUCGAUAUCCUUGAUACGAAGAUUUCCUUUGCGUCCGAAGACGUAUAGACCUCCAUUUGUCGGUCAUGCCGCGACACUGGUGUUUGUAACCACAGCCGCGACGGGACUGGAGCUCUUCGAUUUUCCUCCCUGGGGUAGAAUUAUAGAUGCGCAUUCAUUAUGGCACCUGUCUACAGCGGUUAUAGCACCUUUCUGGUAUCAAUUCCUGGUCGACGAUUCACGAGAUGAGAGUUGGCGGGAGCAUAGAGUCUAAUUAUCCCGGUUUCCACUUGGAAAUCCCCACUGUAGUAACUUUCAUGGACGUUUAAGCUGGCAAAAUUAUUGUAUCACCAUGCACAUUCAUUCAAUGUUAUUCUUUUGUUGAAACCUG